AUGAAAUUACCUCCUAUCGAUGUGAUUCUCACAUGGCCUAAGCCAAAUUAUGCCAAUCCUGUGACCCGGGGCGAUGCGCUCCUCAUUGUCAACUCCAUUUUCAUCGCGCUGGUAGUGAUAGUCUUAUUCACUGUCGGAUUGACUGCUGUUGUGCUGUUGGCAAACCAACGAUUUGGUUGGGACAGACAUCUCUGGGAUAUACCUCUCAACAAGCUCACGCCAACCUUGAAAAUCGCAAUGGCAGCCAAGGUAGUGUUUACAUGCGCAGCAACCUUCACGAGAUUGUCCCUCCAUUGCUUUUACUACCGCUUGGUCGCCGACACAGGGAAGAGAUGGUUCAAAUGGUGCAUCCAUCUCAACGUUAUCUAUACCAUCGGUAUCUUCAUAUCGUUCAUUUUCAUUGCGAUCUUCUUGUGCACUCCUGUCUCGGAUUACUGGUUGGUCGGCUCACCAGCUGACAGCUGUAUGGACGAAGGCAUUGUGACUCUCGUUUGCGGGAUCAUCAACUGUGUUGCCGACCUUGCGACCACGGUGACACCGAUUCCACUCAUCCUGGGUCUGCACAUGCCGCGCCGCCAACGCUACGCUGUUGCCUGUCUCUUCGCUAUGGGUAUUGUCGUGACGGUGGCAGGUAUCGUUCGCACAUGGUUCAUCUAUAAGUCCCUGGUCACAACUUAUGACAACACUUGGUACGCCUACCCUCUAUGGAUCGCGGCUGCGGUGGAAAUCGACCUCGGUGUCAUCUGCGCUUCGGCUCCAGUGCUGAGACCACUCAUAUCGAAGUUACCGUUCAGUUUGUCCGAAACCUUUUCCGGAGGUAUCUCAUUGAAGAAGAUGACUGCGGGAUCUGGCUACAACUCGAAGGCAUCCAAGAUGUCGACCACAGCUGCCGAAGGCACACGAACCCAGUUGAGCACGACAAACCUGUCAUCAAAGCGGAAAUCGGAUGCAAUCCUAGCUGCACCCGACCUCGUCCACGAUCAAGGACGAAGCUACGAACUGAACAACUGGGACGAAGAACUCGCGACUACGAGCCCCGAUGCCCUCAAAAACCCACGAAGAAGCCAUAGUCAGGACGCCAUACUCGGAGCGGAAAGCGAAGAGAGAAAAGGUGGAGGUUUCCAGAAAAUGUGGCAGAAGAUACGGACGCGGGGAUCAGAGUCGUCAGGCUCAAACGAAGACAUGACAAUCACGAUGACGUCGGAGAUCGAACUCUCGAACGAGCCUGCAAGCGCAUACAACUCGAAACGCAAUUCUCGACGCCAGGAAGCUUUCAAGCAGCACCGAGCAGUCAAAGAGCACAAGUCAGUCUCGCCUCAACAACCGGAUCGGAAAGACUACUUUUAA